GGGGAGAGAAAGGAGUCACACACCGAGCGAGGAGGGCUGCUGGGAGCAGGGCGGCGGGCUCAUGCGGGGCUUCACUCGGAUUUAAACAGUCCAAGGAGGGAUCCUGACGGAACCAAAUGGAUCUUCUUUGGGCCUGGAUGUUGAUGGCGGCGGAGGUUGUUUUAGCUGAGCAGUCAUUGGCACACAAGCAGGAGUCGUUGCUGUGUUUCAGGGGAUUUAUGCAGGAGGAGAACAUCAUAGAAGUCGACCAAGAGCUGGCUAAGGGACAAGCUGUGUUCAACGUGACCUUCAUGGAUUGUGGCGAAGGACAAGUAUGGUUCAGAGUUGAUGAUUCUCCUGAUUUCAGCGUGAGUCAGCAGGGUGUAGUCUCCACCCUGCGGCACCUUAACCUGGUGGGGAAGGAGGAAGUUGAGGUGGUGGUCUAUGCUCAGGACCUCCAGUCCAAGCAGCUGUGGAAGGUCAAAGUUCAUCUCCACAUUUGUCCAAACAGCAGGACUGCACUUCAACAGGUAAAGCUUGAUGAUGCAGCACUGACUCAGCAGCAACCACAGAUCUUGUUUCCAUGGCGCAGCGCGGUCGGCGGGGGUGACGGCACUCUAAGGCGGGUGAAGAGAGACUGGGUCAUUCCACCAAUCAACGUCCCGGAAAACUCACGAGGACAGUUCCCUGAGGACCUAGUCAGGAUCCACUCGGACAGGGACAAGAACCGGAUGCUGCGUUACAGUGUGACAGGUCCCGGAGCAGAUCAGUUCCCGAGUGGUAUCUUCAUCAUUGAUCCCGCCUCAGGCCAGCUGUCUGUCACCAAACCACUGGACAGGGAACACAUCUCCAACUUUCAUCUACGAGCCCACGCUGUGGACGUGAAUGGGAACCAAGUGGAGAACCCCAUAGACAUCGUCAUUAAUGUCAUCGACCAGAAUGACAACCGACCAGAGUUUAUGCACACUAUUUUCAACGGUUCUGUUCCCGAAGGCUCCAAGCCUGGAUCUUUUGUGAUGACGGUGACAGCCAUGGAUAAGGAUGACCCAAAAACAGCCAAUGGGAUGUUGCGUUACAAGAUCCUGUCCCAGAAUCCCCAGAGCCCCUCUUCCAACAUGUUUACCAUUAACAACAAGACUGGUGACAUCGUCACUGUGGCAGCAGGCCUCGAUCGGGAGAAAGUCACCCAGUACACCCUCAUCCUCCAGGCCACCGACAUGGAGGGAAACCCCACCUACGGCCUUUCUAACACCGCCACCACUGUUAUCAGGAUCAACGACGUCAACGACAACCUUCCUGACUUUACCACAGACACAUUCUUUGGGGAGGUUCAAGAGAACAAGGUAAACGUGAUUGUCGCCAACUUGACCGUGACAGACAAAGACCAACCACACACACCGGCCUGGGGCGCCAUCUACCGCAUCAUCGCUGGAGACCCCACAGGACGGUUCUCCAUCCCCACUGACCCCACCACCAACGAGGGAUUACUCACUGUGGUCAAGCCCAUAGAUUUUGAACUGACCCGUUCUUUCAUGCUGAUCGUGGAGGCGGAAAAUGAGGUUCCUCUGGCCCGAGGCAUCCAUCUGCCCCGCCAGUCUACAGCAACGGUCUCUGUACAAAUCCUGGACAUCAAUGAGAGUCCAGAGUUCAGCCCCAACCCCAAGUCUAUUAAACUGGAGGAAGGUCUGCCUGCUGGCUCCAUACUCACCACCUUCACUGCCCAGGAUCCGGACCGCUUCAAGAGACAAAAUGUCUGGUACUCCAAGAUGUACGACCCUGCCAACUGGCUGAAGAUUGACCCAAUGAACGGAGAGAUUUCCACCAUCGCCGUCCUCGAUCGAGAGUCUCCCUACAUGAAGAACAACCUUUACAACGUUACCUUCAUGGCUUCAGAUGAUGGCCUCCCCCCUGCCAGCGGGACAGGAACCCUGCAGAUAAACCUGCUGGACAUAAAUGACAAUGCGCCUCACGUCUUUCCUCCUGAGGUGGAAAUGUGUGAGAAGCCCGAGCCCAACGCCUUGAACAUCACAGCCAGUGACCCGGACCUGAACCCCAACGCUGGACCAUUCGCAUUUGAGCUGGUCACUCGUCCAUCAGAUGUCCGGCGUAACUGGACCCUCGGCCACCUCAGUGGUGAGUACGCCCAGAUUCGCCUGCGGAUCGGCUCCCUGGCCAGCGGCAUCUACGAGAUUCCUAUCACCAUCACAGACUCUGGAAACCUGCCCAUGACCAACACGUCCCUGCUGAGGGUCAAAGUGUGCCAGUGUGAUCGCCAUGGUGACUGCGUGGACAUGGAGAGAAUCAUGGCUGCUGGAUUGGGCACUGGAGCCAUUAUUGCCAUCCUCAUCUGUAUUAUCACGCUUUUAGUUCUGGUGCUGCUGUUUGUGAUGUGGGUGAAGAGGAGGGAUAAGGAGCGUCAGGCCAAACAGCUUCUUAUUGAUCCGGAGGACGACGUCCGGGACAACAUCCUGAAAUAUGACGAGGAGGGAGGUGGAGAGGAGGACCAGGACUACGAUCUGAGCCAGCUGCAGCAGCCCGAUGCUCUGGAGUCGGAGUGCAUCAAAGUGGGGAUCAGACGUCUGGACGAGAGGCCCCUCCAUCACGAGCACCAGUACCCACUCCGCUCCACAGCCCCCCAUCCAGGAGACAUAGGAGACUUUAUUCAUCAGGGCCUGAAGGCUGCAGACAAUGACCCCACAGCACCCCCCUACGACUCCCUGCUAGUGUUCGAUUACGAAGGCAGCGGCUCCACCGCCGGCUCCCUCAGCUCGCUGCGCUCCUCCUCCAGCUAUGGAGACCAGGAGUACGAUUACCUCGGCCACUGGGGGCCGCGUUUUCGUAAACUGGCCGACCUGUACGGCGGGGGGGAAGAUUAGCAUCGUCACUCCUCAUCUAACGAGAACCACCACCCCCCACACUUGCUUCAGAAGGCUCAGGUGGGGGGCAGAAGAGCAGAUGAUGGACUACGUUGGCAUUUAAAUUUCGCUGCCUGUUGGGGGACAGCCGAUGAAACGUGUCGAGCUGGUGCAUAUCUGGGCCACUGAACUGGAUCAGAGCGUUAGCCUGUAUGCUAACAACUGUGUGCUGAGGCAGACGCUCAUCCACACUUGAAUCUGACCGUUCAGCAGCACCGGGUC